CGGGGGAUGGGGACGCGGAUGCUGACGCGCGCGAGGUGUGCGCGGGUAGGGGGUUCGCUGGAGAUGUGGGGGCGGUGGAGAUGCGGAUGUGCGGGACGUGCGGGACGUGUGUGUGCGCGGUGGGCGGGCGGAGCGGCCACGGGGGCGAGUACGGCGGCCUGAGCGGGGACGGGGCGAGCACCGGCGGGUCGUCUGCGUCGGCAUCGAGGCUCUGCGCGCGCACACACAGGCACACACACGCGUGCGGCGCAAAGCGGGACGACGAAGAGAGAAAAGAAAAAGCGGGCGCAGCGCGGCGUGUCAUCGAACUCGUCAUCGUCGUAGUAAUCGAGCGCGGCGCGCUUCACCUCGCGCGAGCCACUCGGGGACUCACCAUCCGUGCGUCCUCGCCGUCGUUCCCGUCCUCCUCGUCCUCCCGGGGCAGCCCCGCCGGACGCCGCGCCCGCGCGUCGAUGGUGAGCUCGCGCGUCUGCACGACCCAGCCUUCUUCGGACCCCGCGCGCGGCCCCGCGCCACUGGCGCCGCCGAGGGACAGCAUGGCCCGUUUCUGCGCGCGCGGCGCGGGCUCGUCGUCAGCCGCCGCGCGAGAGCACGGGGGGACACUCACCGAGGGGCGCUCGCCGCCGUGCGCGAAUGUGCUCGUGGGCGUAGGCGUGGGCGUGGGCGAGGGCGAGGGCGAGCGGGGGCGCUUUGGGCGCGCGCGCGGGGUGCGGGGCGAGUGUGGGUCGACGUCCAUAGAAAUCCGGCACGCGAGCAAGUAUUGGAGUGAGUGAACAGUCAG